AUGUCGCCUCGGCGUCCCAGGGCAAUGCCCCGAGCACGGCAACCUAGUCUUGUCGUCCAUCUCGCCGUGGUGGUGACGUCGUCUUGGGUGAGCCAAUUGUAUAAAAAGAGGCAAGCGAAUUUCCAGUUCUCAUGGAGGACAUUCCACGAGGACUCCCCACCCAGCGACGUCGUGGCUGACGUACCUCAGGACUUCUUUUUCCUCCGUCACGACGCAUACAGACGCAAGUGCGUUAAAGAAGCCUGUGGAAAGUUCAAAACUUUGUACGACACUCGGCACACUCUGGCCGCGUACUCCCAUCAAGCCAUACUGUGUUACGGUCCAUGUCGGAAGAUUUACGUCUCCAGCCACCAAGCCUACAUCGCUCACUACCGCCGCAACAGCAGCAGCGUGGACCGCAGGAGUCCAAACUCUUUCGAGACCGAGACUUUCCUGCACCAGUUCAAAGCCGACAUCAUGAAGUCGGUGCUUGAAGCCAAACGACGCAUCAAAUAAACAUUAUCUUUUUAUAAGAUA